AUGCCACAGAACUCGAGAGGCGACACCGAGCAGAGCGGUAAGCAAUCGAGCGGCAAGAGGAAGCUCGAGGAAGAGCCGUCGCGAUCGCAACAAACCAUCUCCGAGCUCCUCUCCCAGAGGUAUUCGCCCGACACCCUUGAUCCGCAAACCAACAAGCGUUCUCGUCUGUCGUCUCCCUCACGAUUUCCCUCAACCAAAAUCCCGCAUAAGAUGCAUCCGAUUUCCGGUUCCCCGCCUAGGAAUGGCGCACCUGGUCGGGGAUUCUCUGGGCCUAAUGGUCCCAUCAGAUCCCAAGGAUUGAACGCUAAUGCCCGCCAAAACAACUUUUCUCCUCAUACCGGCGCGAAAAGGCUCGUUGUCAAGAACCUCCGUACCGGACCCCGGCUGAACCAGGAAUCAUAUUUCGAUAAGGUGUGGUCGCAGUUGGAUGCGGCUUUAACGGCUAUUUUUGAGGGCAGGAAACCUGAUAGCUCGCUGGAAGAGCUAUACAAGGGUGGAGAGAAUGUGUGCCGCCAGGAGCGGUCAGCUUUGUUGGCUAAGAAGCUUCAGGAUCGGUGCAGAGAGUUUGUCGGUGGAAAUAUGCGCACCAAUCUUGCUACCAGAGCAGGAGGUAGCACUGAUGUCGGUACAUUGCGGGCAGUGAUUGAUGAAUGGUCGGCCUGGCACUCGAGGCUAGUUACUAUUCGCUGGAUCUUCUACUAUCUCGACCAGUCAUUCCUAUUGCAUUCCAAAGAACAACCGGUGAUCCGUGAAAUGGGAUUGAUUCAAUUCCGGUCAUACAUCUUCUCCGACGCCAGUCUGAAGCCAAAGAUUUUGAAAGGAGCAUAUGAUUUGAUUGAGGCGGAUCGAGGAGGAUUUACAAACGCAUCGACAGAUUCAAAAUUGCUAAGUGAUGCCAUGGAUCUCUUCCACGACCUUGAUGUCUAUGGCAGCGACUUUGAGCCUUUAUUCAUGGCCAAGACCGAGGAGUUUGUGAAGGAGUGGGCACAACAGCAAGCAGCAGGAUCACUGGCUGCAUACGUUGAGCACGCUCAUCAGUUGAUCGAACGUGAAGUAGAACGGUGCGGGCUGUUCUCUUUCAAUCGAAGCACGAAGCUGAAGCUCGAAAACGAAGUGCUUGGUUUGAUGCGAGCUGGCAAUAAGACCGCCUUGAAACAACUAUACGGCUUGCUUGACCGGCGAGAUCUUACUCUCGAAUUGAAGCCUGCAUUUAAGAAGUAUGUCAUCGAGGAGGGUGAGGGCAUCGUGUUUGACCAAGAAAGGGAGACCGAUAUGGUCGUUCACUUGCUCCAAUUUAAGCAAAAGGUUGAUGAUAUUUGGACGAGUGCUUUCGAGUCGAACGAGGAGUUGGGCGACGCGGUCCGCGAAGCCUUCGGUACCUUUAUGAACCGUGGGAAGAAGAUGGACUCUACGGGUGGCACCGACAACCCCAAGUCGGGUGAAAUGAUCGCCAAAUACGUGGAUAGGCUGCUUAAGGGCGGUUACAAGCUGCCCCCGGGCCGUAAUCCAGAGGAAGUAAGCCUGAUGUCUGACGAUGCAGAGCUUGACCGACAGCUUGAUCAAGUUCUCGAUCUCUUCCGGUUUGUACAUGGAAAGGCUGUCUUUGAAGCCUUUUACAAGAACGACCUUGCCCGGCGUCUCUUGAUGAAACGAAGCGCGAGCAACGACGCGGAAAAGAGCAUGUUAGCUCGUUUGAAGAACGAAUGCGGGUCGAGUUUCACUCAUAAUCUCGAGUCCAUGUUUAACGAUAUGGACAUUGCUAACGAUGAAAUGGCGGCCUUCAAACGGUCACAGCCGGAGGAGCGGAAGGGCCGGUUCGAAUUCGAAGUCAACGUGCUCUCUGCCGCCUCCUGGCCGACAUAUCCCGAUGUCCCCGUACGGAUUCCACCGAAGAUUGCGCGCUCGAUCAACAGAUUCGAGACGUUCUACCACAACAAGCACACAGGGCGCAAGCUCACCUGGAAACAUCAGCUGGCGCAUUGUCAGCUGACUGCAAACUUCCCUCAAGGCAAGAAGAACUUGGUGGUCAGCUCGUUCCAGGCGAUUGUAUUGCUACUGUUUAACGAUAUCCCUGAUGGCGAGAGCAUGCCGUACCCCCAGAUCCAAGAAGCAACCGGAUUGUCGGACCCGGAAUUGAAGCGAACGCUGCAGUCUCUGGCCUGCGCCAAGUACCGAGUCUUAUCCAAGAACCCCAAGGGUAAGGAGGUGAACUCCAGCGACCAAUUCUCGUACAACGCGAAUUUCAGCGACAAGCAACUGCGCAUCAAGAUCAACCAGAUCCAGCUGAAGGAGACUAAGGAGGAGACGAAGACGACGCACGAGCGGGUUGCGGCCGACCGCCACUUCGAGACGCAAGCUGCCAUCGUGCGCAUUAUGAAGAGCCGCAAAACUCUCAGCCACGUCGACCUGAUUUCGGAGGUUAUCAAUGCUACUAAGAACCGGGGUGUUCUUCAACCUCCGGAGAUUAAGGGAGAGAUUGAGAAGUUGAUUGAGAAGGAAUACAUCGAGCGGAAAGAAGGCACCAAUCAUUACAGUUACGUGUCAUAA